CGCGUCCCGGCGGGGGCGGCAGCGGCGGAGCCGAGCGGGGCCGAGCGGGACCCGCCCGCCCCGUGCCGCUGGUGACGAGCGGCGGCCGUGGCCGUCCUCAUGUGGCGGACAUUGGCUCUCGCCUCCGCCUUCUUCCCGGGGCUCUUCGUCCUCUGCAUCCGGUUGCUGCGCUGGGCCGCCCCGGGAUGGAGCCUCAAGGACCGCAUCCUCCUCAGCGGCAGGUUGGUGUCCACGGUCCAAGCCACGAUGGCCACAGUGUCAGGGAUCACGGUUGUCCGUAACUGCAAGGAUGUGGUGCAUGACAGGCACUGGCUGGCUGUGGAGUACAUCUGGGUCCUUGUUCCCUACAUGACCUAUGACAUUUAUGUCAUGUACCUCUGCCACUGGCACAAGAGCCUGGACAGGGGAAUCGUGGAGAAGAAGCACUCACUGGCCAGCAUGUGGAGCUUCCUGCUGCAGGAGCGGCUGAUGGUGACCCACCACCUCUUCAUCCUCAUCGUGCUCACCCCCAUCACACAGCACUUCAGGGGAGAGCUGGGGGACUUCUUCGUGGGCUGCAUCUUCAUGGCAGAGCUGAGCACACCUUUUGUAUCGCUGGGCAAAAUCCUCAUGCAGCUCAAAAUGCAGGACACGCUCCUGCACAAGGUGAACGGGAUCCUCAUCCUGGUGACCUUCUUCCUCUGCCGCAUUCUCCUCUUCCCCUUCAUGUACGCGGCCUACGCCCGGCAGGUGGGAAUCCCUGUUUACAUGGUGCCUUUCCGCAUCCCCCUGCACUGCAACAUCGCCAACGCCUCCCUCAUCGCCCCCCAGCUCUACUGGUUCCGGCUCAUCUGCCGCAAGGCCGCCCGCCUCUAUGGCAGCUCACCCACCGACAAGAGCAGAUAACGGCCGCACGGGGCUGGAAAGGGGUCGGCUCCCCCCGGCUCUUCCACCUUCACUGCGGGGACCAGCGUGGGAGCAGUGAUACCGCUGGGCUGCGUUAGCUGGAGCAGCCUCGCACCAUCCUGUGCCAGGCAGCACCAGCCUGGGAAGGCUUUCCUCCCACACUGCUCCAGUGCCCUGUGUCCUCCCAUCCGUGGGAGCCGGGGUAGGAGCCAGCCUGUAAGCACGACAUUCCUUCUGGGAUUCAAUGGCUCUGAACGGUCACACGAGAGGGGUUUGUUCCAACCCCCCCGCCGGGUCCGGCAGGGCUGACACCAGACACCGCUGCAGCACCGUGUGAGGAGCCGCAGUGGAGCUGUUGCUGGAGCGUGCCCAGCUUCAUGCAGCAGCACUGGGGACACGGGAGCCAUGUACUGGACCUGCUGCAGCCCCAGCGCACUGCUCCAGCUGCGGGUCAGCCUCCAGCUGAGAGCAGAGCCAGGCCGGGGGCUGCAGGGGUUCUGCAGAGCCUGUUCUGACCACUUCACUACAGCCGUGUUCAGCCUCUUACCUCCCAUGUGCACCUCCUGCUGCUGCUGGAUUCAAACCCCACUUAACCCAAAGGUGCUUCUUCACUGUAACUGAUGUCCAUGGCUGGUGUUCCCAGCAGAGCUGGAGGAGAGAGAAGCUUGUGCCAGGGCAGAGGAAUGGUUACGCUGUCACCCAGCAAUGCUGGCAGAGCAGAGCACCCAUGGCUGAACAGCAGAAUGGGGACAAGCGACUGCUAGGCACUUGUCUCACCAACACAUGGGGCACUAUGCAGAGCCCUUCAUCAGCAGAGGGUGCAACUUCCACCCUCUUCCCCAACUGCAGUUGUUUUUCUGUCCCACAUCUCCCCCAGUGGGUAUUUAAAAUCCUCUGCCCUGCUCUCCCACCAGCACCCCGUGUCCAUCCCUCCUGCCACAUCCCACUCAGUGCAGGAGGAAGCAGCACUCCCAGAGCAGGGCCCUGAGCUGCACCCAGCCCAUUUCCCCCUUCAGUCUCAGCAGAAUGGAUACAGGCUUCCCAGCAC